GCCCCCACCGUCUCCGCCCCGAGAAAGGCCGGCGGCAACGGCGGACAGCUGCCUCCGGGAGGAGAAGGAAGAGGGGCCGCAGGAGGGAAGACGUGAGGCGUGGGGGAGGAAGAGGAGCCCAGGACCGGCCCCACGCACGAUUGAUGGGCGGCUCCUCUGCUGUGGGCCUGCCCACCCGCUCCACCCCGCGGCCCCUUUAGCCUCUGACAAGGGGGCAAAAAGUGCUGAUCCCCAAGGAGCAGCAGGGGUCCAUCUUUCUGUUUUUAACCCCACCGUUUUCUGAAAAAGGGGGAACAGACGUCAUUCUAUGCAGAUCGGAAACUAAGAACCAUGUUGCAUGAAGCAAGGGACAGGCAGAAGUUCGUCAGUGAUGUUCAGUAUCUGCGGGACAUGCAGCAUAAGGUGGACUCUGAAUAUCAGGCUUGUUUGAAACGACAGGAAUACAAAAAAGACCCAAACGAGAAGACACAGGAUCAGCUAUGGGGGAAUGACACAAGUGACAGAUCCCGGUUUUCAAGCGGGUCAUCGUCCAAACAGAGUUCCAGUGAGGAGGAUUCUUUAAGUGAACCGAGAUCAUGUACCAAACUACCCACGGCUAAGUGUGAGCCCAGACUUCCAGCCAUUGACCAAGCUUCAGUCAAGCAGAAACACAAAAGUACCAUGACUCCAAGGAAGCCAGAGAAAGUGGGCCCCAGCAAACCCUCCCCAGUGGCGCAGGCACCAAAGAUUUUAUCAAGGAAGAGGAGGCCCAACCUGGGGAGAUUGACAGUCAGUCCGGAAAUGCACAGCUCCAGAGCAUCUGGGGAGAGAAGCAGGCAGAAACUACAGCUGUCGGCAAAGGCCCCGGCGCCCCUGGGCGUAGAUCCAAUUGUCCAACAAAAAAGUCUGAUGUGUGCAAACGAGACCAAGCUGAAGAGGCCAGCUCGAGAGAGAAACUUGGCCUCAUCCGCAGAGCUCAUGAGAACAGCUGGGAAGCCCCUGGAGAGACAGAAAAAGGGAGACCCAAGUGUCCGUCCCCAGAAUGAACCCCACGCUGCCCUCUCACAGACCUUCCAGCCAAUGAAUGGUUCUCAAGUGCUGAGUGAGUCCCUGGGGGCCCCACUCCUCCCCACCACCGUGGUAGGACCAAGAAGGGCACCGUUUCGGUACCACGAUGAAGAUUUUUACUCCGCCUUGUCCUUAAGCAAUGAACAAGAAAACUAUGACACUGAAGAGGAAACCCGCAUGGAAGAGGAACUUCUGCUGGUUGGGAUGCGUUCUCCUCCCAGCCAUAAGAGAAGCCGAUUUCUUGGGACAUCCACCACUGAAAACAGAAAUGUUCAGGAAAAUGCUGAAAAUCUCCAAGGAAAUUUUGUAAGAUGGAAUGAGUUCAAUCCUGGAUCUCCAAGAAAAAGCAGUACCACAGAGCCAGCGGCCAAGCAGCCUUCUGGCGAGCAAAGGGUGCCGCAAGACACCAGGCUAUGUGGGGAGCUGGCUAAAGAGGACCCCAGUGGAGACCAAGAAGAGGAGAAGACUGCUCUUCCAGGGGAUGCAAAAUCUAAUGAUGUCAUCCGAGACAGUGCUGAAGAUGGAUCCAGUGACUGUCCUAUGGGAGACAGGCCCACGGUUUACCAUUAUGAGAGAGACUGGCAAAGUUACUUAAGUGGUUCUCGGAAUUCGUUCGACAGCUUAUUUUCUGGGAGAUCCACAGCUCCAAGAUCAUCCAUGAAUACAUCUUAUAAUACUCAUGGGUCCCCGCUGCAUCCUGCUCUGAUAGAUGAUGUCCCCACAGGCUUGUCCAUGCCAUCGAUUCUAGUCCCCAGUUCAGAUAUGGAGGAAAGCCUGAGGUUCAAUGCGCGCCGGCCACUCUCACCAAUCAGAAAUAGGAAUCCAUUGGCCACUGCUGAAAACCACAGUGAUGACAUCCAGGGAGCGGAGGAGAUGGCUUCAACAAGCCAAGCUCAGGGGCCUCCACUAUUGGCAGAAGAUCUAUCAAAUCCUCAAAGCAGCGUGACCUUGGGAAAUUCUCCCAGCUCUUCUACAAGAAGACAUUUACAAGGCCAUUUCUAUAUGCCUGGGUCCCUGCAAGAAAACAUACCUUUUACUUUCUUUGCACUGUCUGAUUUUCCAAAUCCAAAUGAUCACGAGACCAGCGUUAGAGUCUCUGAUGUCAUGGAUGAAAAGGGGACCACAGAAAUAAAGGCAGACCCCGAGAAACUCAGGAAAUUGCAAGAAAGUCUCCUGGAGGAGGACUCGGAUGAGGAGGAGGGAGACUUGUGUCGAAUCUGUCUGAUGGCCGGGGGUUCCCCAACCAACCCCCUCCUGGAGCCCUGCGGCUGUGUGGGCAGCCUGAAGUUCGUUCACCAAGAGUGCCUGAAAAAGUGGCUGAAAGUGAAAAUAACAUCAGGAGCAGAUCUAGGUACUGUGAAGACCUGUGAGAUGUGUAAGCAAGGCCUGCUGGUAGACCUGGAUGACUUCAACAUGACUGAAUUCUACCACAAGCACCAUCAAUCCCGGGUCCAGAGUAGGCUGAUGAACUCCGGCUUGUACCUGGUACUGCUACUUCACCUGUAUGAGCAGAGGUUUGCAGAACUCAUGACACUCAACUACAGGCGGGCUUCCAGAGAGAGGGCUGACAGUCUUGAGCUGCAACCCGCCUCCCAUGUCAUUUCUGCUUGCUGCCCACCACCAGAGUCUGACACAUCUCAGGCUCCCAGGCACCCAUGGGCUAGGGCAAGCUGGAUCCCAUUUAGGAUCAGCUGUGGAUGUGGAUUCCAAGAUUCUUCUCCUCAUGGCAUCUAAGGAAUCAAAGAACGACGAGACUUAGGGUGAUAAAAAAGAAAUCAGAUGGGUAGUGGGGAAAUUGUAUGUGGUUGUGGAGGGCACGAAGGAUAGGAAGAGAUCGCCAGCUAAGCCUAGUGGUACACUCCUGCAGUCUCGGCACUGGGGCAGGAGGAUUAUAAAUUGGAGGCCAACUUGGGCUGUUAUAGCAAGACCUAGUCCUAAAAAUCUAGAGAGAAAAGCAGAGACAAAAAUAGGCUUUCAAAAAAUGGUGGAAAGGAGAGGGUACCGUUCAGAGAUGUGAGCUAAGUGAAAGAAACACAUCCUAAAGACUUCAUAGUCUAUGACUCCACUUGUAGUAAUUUCUGGAAAAGGCGAAACCAUAGAGGCGGAAAGCAGAUCUGUGAACUCUGGGAGAUGAAGAAGAAACAGGAACUGGAGGUGAGAAAGGUGUCAUAGAGUGGUUACGUGAUGACAGUCACAGAACUGGACAAAUUUGCUCAAAUUCAUUGAACUGUGUGUUGGCAGUGUGACACCUGAUCAUGAUACUUGUGCAUCCCUAAAUGUCCUCAAA